GCCGCCGGGCGGCUACGGCCAGGUGUCUGCCGGGCCGGGCAUGGCGCGCCCCGGCAUGGCGCCCGGCGGCCAGCUGGCCGGCCCCAGGAAGCUCGACCCGGACCAGAUGCCGUCGCCGAUCCAGGUGAUGUCGGACGACCAGGCGAACCGGGCGGGCCAGUUCGUGACGAACUUGAAGGGCCAGGUGCCGCCGCUCACCACCACCCGCUUCACGGUGGUGGACCAGGGCAACGCCUCGCCACGCAUGCUGCGCAGCUCCAUCUACAACGUGCCCAUCAGCCCGGACAUGCUCAAACAGACGGGCAUCCCUCUGGCCUUGAGCAUCGCGCCGCUGGCCGAGCUGCCCGAGGGUGAGCUGCCGCCGCCGGUGGUCGACCUGGGCGAGCUGGGGCCGGUGCGCUGUAUCCGCUGCAAGGCCUACAUGUGCCCCUUCAUGACCUUCAUCGACGGCGGCCGCCGCUUCAGCUGUCCCUUCUGCAAGGCCAACACCGACGUGCCCCAGGAGUACUUCCAGCACUUGGACCACACGGGCCAGCGGCUCGACAAGUACGACCGGCCCGAACUGUGCAUGGGCGCCUACGAGUUCGUCUGCACCAAGGAGUACUGCCGGAACAACGAGAUCCCGAAGCCGCCGGCCUACAUCUUCAUCAUCGACGUGUCCUACAACAACGUCAAGUCGGGCCUCGUGCAUCUGCUCUGCAACAACAUGAAGGAGGUGCUGCGCCAGCUGCCGGUGGACGUGGGCCAGGCGGCCACCGCCAUGAAGGUCGGCUUCAUCACCUACAGCAACGUGGUGCACUUCUUUAACGUCAAGGCGUGCCUGGCCCAGCCCCAGAUGCUGGUGGUGGGCGACGUGCAGGACAUGUUCGUGCCGCUGGUGGACGGCCUGCUGGUGGACGCCUCCGAGGCCGAGGCCGUCAUCGACAGCCUGAUGGAGCAGCUGCCGGCCAUGUUCGCCCAGACGCGCGAGACGGAGGUGGUGCUGGGACCGGCGGUCCAGGCCGGCAUGGAGGCGCUUAAGGCGGCCAACUGCUCGGGCCGUCUGUUUGUCUUCCACUCGUCGUUGCCCACCGGCCAGGCGCCGGGCCAGCUGAAGAACAGGGACGACCGCAAGGUGCUCGGCUCCGACAAGGAGAAACACGUGCUCACGCCGCAGACGCAGUUCUACAACAACCUGGGCCAGGAGUGCGUGCAGGUGGGCUGCUCGGUGCACCUGUUCCUGCUGAACAACGCGUACGUCGACCUGCCCACGCUGGGCCAGGUGGUGCGCCUCACUGGCGGCGAGGUCUUCAAGUACACCUACUUCCAGGCGGACCUGGACGGCGACCGGCUGCUGCGGGACCUGAGCCGCGCCGUCGGCCAGCCGGCCGGCUUCGACGCCAUCAUGCGCGUGCGCACGUCCACGGGCGUGCGGCCGGUCGACUUCCACGGCCACUUCUACAUGUCCAACACCACCGACAUGGAGCUGGCGGCCAUCGACAGCAGCCAGGCGGUGACCGUGGAGCUGAAGCACGACGACAAGCUGACCGAGGAGGACGGCGUGUACAUCCAGGCGGCGCUGCUGUACACGGCCAGCAGCGGCCAGCGCCGGCUGCGCGUGCUCAACCUCAGCCUGAACGUGUGCAGCCAGAUGGCCGACCUGUACCGUAGCUGCGAGCUCGACACCAUCACCAACCUCAUGGUCAAGCAGGCCGUCUCCAAGGUGCUGGACUCGUCUCCACGCGCCAUCCGGGACUCCCUGACGGCGCAGUGCGCCCAGAUCCUGGCCAGCUACCGCAAGAACUGCGCCUCGCCCAGCUCGGCCGGCCAGCUGAUCCUGCCCGAGUGCAUGAAACUGUUGCCGCUCUACGCGAACUGCAUCCUACGCAGCGACGCCGUCGGCGGCGGUCCGGAGCUGACCAUCGACGAGCGCUCGAACCACAUGUACCUAGUGACGUCGCUGCCGGUGCGCCGGUCGGUGCCGUACCUGUACCCGCGCCUGCUGCCGCUCGACGGGCUGGACCCGGACGCCACGGCCCUGCCGGCGCCCGUGCGGUGCAGCCAGGACAAGCUGCACGACGCCGGCCUCUUCGUGCUGGACAACGGCGUGCACCUGUUCCUGUGGGUGGGCCUGCAGCUGGCGCCGGACGUCGUGCAGGACCUGUUCGCCGUCCAGUCGGUGGCCCAGAUUGACGUGGACCGGCCAAGUCUGCCGGAGCUGGACACGCCGCUCAGUAUCCGCGUGCGCGGCAUCGUCGAGGAGGUCCGCACGGAGCGCCAGUGCCACAUGAAGUUGACUGUGGUACGGCAGCGAGACAAGCUGGAGAUGGUGAUGCGCCACUUCCUGGUGGAAGACAAGGGCUCGGACGGCUCCGCCUCGUACGUCGACUACCUGUGCCAUCUGCACAAGGAGAUCCGCGCCCUGCUGACGUAGGCGGCGUUAUGAGCACCUGCUGCCCGGCCGCCAGCCGAGUUAUGUGCAUCUAAUGGACGUCCGUCCGUGGCGGACCGGUGACGGCGGUGAGUUAGACAACACGGCGCGAGAAUCAAUUGCUGCUGCGCCACGCUCGCGCUCCGGCCGGCUGCGGCGACUGGCAACCGGCCAUCACUGGGCGGAGAGUGGGAGUGGGCGCACGACGACGGAGUGCCGGAGUGGGCCGUAACGAGUGACCGGUGCGAGUGGCGGAUGGUGUGCGGCGAGACCGCCGGCGGCGCUCGGCGCUGACGAAGCCUGCCUGGGCGUCAGAGUGACUGACUGGUAUGCUACACAAAUUAGCCGAUCGUUGCGUGUCGGGCGACGCUGCUGAGUGGGUAAGGGUAGUGGGGUCAUAUAUUUUACUAUGUUAAUCGCCUUCGAGUGGCGUGGGCGCGUCGGCGCGGUGCCUGCGCCGCUGCCGGCGCCGAGGGCUCGGUGCGGGCGAGACCGGACUACCACCGCCGCCCGCUGGAGCCGCCUCCAGCCGACAGCAGAGGCCGUCUCCUGGGACCGACCCCCGCCCGCAGCGCCGCGGCCCGCGCCGACCGGCCACCCGCGCCGCUCCUGCCGUGUUACUGGCGCUGUUGCUUGUGUUGGAUUUUAUUUGGGCCGGUUCGGCGGUGGCUCCGUCGUCGGCGGCCGGCGUCGCGCCGCCAAGGCUGUUUUGUAAAUAAAACUUAUCCGUCGAUUGGU